AACUUGGUCCAAUGCUUAAUGGCUACAGUUGCAGCAAUGUCCGUUCCUAGAGAAGCAUCCGAUUAUGAUGAGGUUUCCAUCCAGCAGAGCUCGUUGUUGGAUGAUAGUCUCAAGGAUUUGAAAAACCUGAGAGCACGGGUCUACUCGGCUGCCGAGUAUUUCGAGGUGUCCUACGCCACUGAUGACCAAACGCAGAUAGUUACAGCAACAUUGAAAGAUUAUGCCAUCAAAGCUCUUGUGAAUACUGUAGACCAUUUGGGUUCCGUGACAUACGUACAAGGUUAAUAAUCUCUUGGAUGAGAAAGUUGAAGAGGUUUCCAGAACAGAACUCCGGGUAUCUUGUAUU